AUGGGCUAUCUCUACACCACUGCAGGCUACGCCCUGCUCUUUGCCGUUGCCUACGUUAUAUACCAACUAUCUCAAGGCCAGCGAACUGGAAGUCAACCACGGGCUCAGAUCAAGCCGGCCAAGAGCUCGCAGGCGGAGACUCGUAAGGAAGACCGCAAGAAGAAGCAGCGCCAGGAGGCCUUUGCAUCAGAGGCACAGGAGGCUUCCAAGAAGCCCAAGGUUGAAUCAGAGACCAGUGCUUGGACUGGUAGUGCGAAGGACAAAGAUGACAAUGUCGACAAUCGCGAAUUUGCCCGGCAAUUGGCAAAGGCCAAGGAAGGCACCAAGUUUGCUGCCAAGUCUGAUGCUGGCAAGCAGCGAGAGAAGUCUGUCAAACAGUCCCGCGCCAAUAAGGUGGCCAGCGCCGCCGAGGAGAAGGGGUCGGCUCCGUCAUCUACCACUGGUGCCGAUGGCGAUGAUGAUCAAUCCCCUGUAACCUCACCUGAGGUCGGUCCCGCAGUCGCAGUCGCAGGCGAUGUUUCCGACAUGCUCGAGACCGCUCCUACUCGCCCAACCGUUCUUCGUCUCACCGACACCGAGCCCAAAAAACAGAACAAAAAGACCCCCAAGGUGGAAGCUCCUGUUGAGACCAAGAAGCAGCGCCAGAACCGUAAGAAGGCCGAGGCGGCCAAAGCAGCCCGUGAGGAAUCCGAGAAGGAGCGAAAGCUUCUCGAGGAGAAGCAACGCCGCGCCGCUCGCAUUGCUGAGGGACGCGCUGCUAAGGACGGCUCCCAGUUCACUGCUGCCCAGGGCAAGUCAUCCGCUUGGAAGGAGGGAGCUCCCAAGGCCCCCGAGGCUGCCCAGACGAAUGGAUUUCAUCAGCCACUCGACACAUACGAGGAAGCUCCCGCUUCUGCCGUCAAUGCCCCCAAGAGUACCGACCGCAAGUGGAUGGAGUCUCUACCUUCUGAAGAGGAGCAGAUCCAGCUCCUCCAGAACGAUGAUGACUGGAGCACUGUCAAGACCAAGUCUAAGAAGGGUGCUAAGAAUGCCACUUCAGUUGGAUCUGGCGACGAGGCUGCGGCCCGCCCCGCCGUCCAACCCAAGCAACCCACCGGGCCUAACAAGGCUUCCCAGCCUUCUCAGUCAUUUGGAUCUUUCUCGGCAUUGACUACUAAGGGCGAUGCUGCUGAAGAAGAGGAGGAAGAAGAAUGGGAUGUUUAA